UUUAUAUCAUUUCAACUAUGAUAUUUGUGAUAUAGUGAAAAUUAUUUUCCUAGGUCGAAACAAUCGGUUGCUUAAGCAGGCAAUAAAGGGGAAAACGAGAUAAAGAAGAGGGAAUACUGAAGAAAAGCGCCAAAUGUCUCCUCCUAUGUUCGAGCAUAGGAGACAGUUGGGGCUAAGAGGAAGGUAAACAAUUUGGAGUGCGAUUAAGCGAAAAGUAGACAAUUCUUGGACAUUUCAAAAAUAGAGUGACAAAGAGUUAGUGUCACGUUAUUUUAUCAAGGCAGGUGAAAAAGGAGACUUUAUGCAUUCACGCAUGGAUGACACAUGCAGUGUUGUUAUUGAGGAUUUGGCAAAUACACAUAACGUGAAACCGGAAUCAGUGGAAACAUGGUUAGCACCAUUUGGUGUUGUUAAAUCUAUAUCUAUUUACCGACGUGUGAUCUUCGUGGAGUUCGGAAGUCCUUCUGCGGCGGAAAAUGUCAUAGCUAGUGAAAAUGGGAAGAUGUUUCAGAAUAGUUAUGUGUCCAUACGAAGUCCGCAACCAUGGGACUUGAUGGUUGCUGGAGAUCUUGUUACUAAAUACGAAGUGCCAACUUCAUCUGAAGCCAAUAAAGAAGCCGAAGUCGAAGUAAAAGAUGAAAAUGCAUCUAAUGGCAAUGUUCAUACGGAGGUUGAGGAGGUAAAAAAACUAAUCACACAUAUAAAAUAUUUGGAUAAAGAUGAACUCUGGACGUUGUAUAAUGCAUUACAAGAUAUGCGAAAUGAAAGGGGAGCGAAGACUAAAGUUAAAACUCUUCCUUCUGGUCGACCUUGGCUUGAUUCAAUAGGCAAAAAUCUAUUAACUGAAAGAACUGAAACAUUGCACAAAUUAGAAUUAGAAGAUAGUAAAAUAAAUCGUCGUCGUUUUAUUCAGUGUGACAAACUAUACACUGAAGCCAGUAACGAAUGCGAAAAAGCAUGGUUCAAUAUAAUUGACCAAGAAAUUAAUACGUGUAAUGCUCCUAUACUUCCAGAGGAUAUGAACAACAUAUCAUUCCCACCAGUAGUAGCAGCCCCUCAACCUCAGAUAAAUGGUCCUGUAUAUGAUUCCACAGGAUUUCUGAUGCCAUAUCCCAAUCAUUUUCCUUCAGUUACUUGCUAUGAUGAAUAUUCUGCUGUAUAAUAUGUGCUUAACCAAAUAUAUACAUACUUGAAAAAUAA